CACACACACACACUAAGACAUGCAGCGUAGAGACCAGUGGUUUACUGCCACUGGGGAUGAAAGCUGGAACGUGAUCAAUGUCAGUUAGGUGAAAUGGACUAGAUAGUCUUAUGGUGUGAAACCUGAAGCCACCAAGAAACAUGCCUGAUGACAUCUUAAAUAUUAUUUUGGACAAUAUACACAAUACAGAUCGGAAUGGAUCUGGUUUUUAAAGUCAACUGGAGAAAGUAACAGACACGUUCCUGUUUUAUUAUACCUCGUCAACAAAGCAUAUUCUAUGUAGUUGGGUAGACUAAUAUCAAUACACAAGUAUAUAUAUGUAACACACACACACACACGCGCACCCCUCUAGGGGUGUAUUUAAAAUCCAAAAGUAACAAAUAAAAGACGCACUCUUCGGCUUUAGUAAACAGGAAGGACACAUUUGACAAUGUAGCCCUACAUAUCCAAAAAGACGGAAUAAGCACGGCGAGGAUGCUUUUGAUCAUGGGCCUUAUUUUAGUCUAAACAACAACGCCAACAAAUGGAAAUAUUUCUGUACUGAUUUAGAAAUAACACUUGCUAUGGUUUAUUUUGGAGUCAACAGUUGCUGCGAAAUAGCUAAAGGUACACUUCCGUCAAAAAGAGAGAGAUUAAGUCAUUGAAUGCUUUCGCUAUCUUCGCAAGAUGGCGUCUUUAAUUCGCAAGCUACCUCAGUGUGGGAAUUACUUGUUUCUUCAAGCCAACAAGAACCAUAUUAAUAACUCAUGUUUAGUACUAACACGGAACACAGUUAUUUUAAAACGAGAAUGGGCAGUUCCAUUAACCAAUCCAGGAGACAUACCUCAUCUAAAGGAUAAACAUAGAGUAUUUAAAUUUGUUGAAAACACUAAUGCUGAAAAACUGCCAGAUAUCCAGUGUAUCCUCACAGACAAUAUUGAUGGCAUUGGCUAUAAGAACGAAUUGGUAACUGUGAAAAGAAAGUUAUUCCGCAAUAUUCUGUAUCCAGCAGGACUAGCAAUGUAUGCAUCACCUGAAAACAUUGAGAAGUUUGCUGUGACAAGUGAAGAAUUCCUGGGUUCUCGAUGGGCAAGAUUGACUCUGAAAAUAUUAUCUAACAUGUACCUUACUAUUCCAAUGAGUGGUGAUAAUCCAUGGGUGUUGAGCAAGGAGCAUGUUGUUGUGGCUUUUAGACUGAGGAGUGUUGAAGUAGCUGAAGAAGCCAUCACUCUGCCUGAUAAAGUAAUUACAGAACCUGAGGAAAUAGAUAUACAAUUGAAAAUGAAUGGUAAAGAAGAGGUGACGGUGAAAUGCCUCAUUAUUUUGAAACAUAAAGAUCCUUCGAAAGAUGUUAUUCCUACCGACUUACCAACCAUGUUAAAAAAAGAAAAGAAGCACAGACAAAUAUGGGAAGUUUAAAGUUGCUAUAUAUUUGCUAAUUAGAGAGGUUUUUUUUUGUUUGUUUUUAAAUUAAAUCAUUUAAAAAAGUA